UGAUCACCUUUUCUUUCUUUGUUUACUUCACCAAUCUUCAUUUCGUCCUUUCUUUCUGGGGAUUUUAAUUAGUUUUGUGGUAGCUUAUUAUGGUUCCAGUGAUCAGCAAAAUAUGGGUGUUUUAUAUGUUGUUAUGGACAUCGAAAUUGGCAAUUUUAAGGCUUGUCAAAGCAGCGCCUCAAGUUCCUUGUUACUUCAUCUUUGGAGAUUCUCUGGUCGACAAUGGCAACAACAACGCCAUUGCUUCUGUUGCUAGAGCCAAUUAUAUGCCUUAUGGAAUCGACUUCCCUGGUGGACCAACAGGAAGGUUCUGUAACGGAAAAACCACCGCAGACAUCAUUGCUCAACUCUUGGGGUUCAACGAUUUUAUUCAUCCCUAUACAAAUGCAAGUGACCAAGACCUACUAAGAGGAGUGAAUUUCGCAUCUGCAGCUGCUGGAAUAAGAGAUGAAACUGGGCAACAAUUGGGUGGUCGAAUAAGUAUGAAUGGACAGGUAAGGAAUUACCAAACUGCAGUUAAUCGAGUUGUAAACAUAUUAGGUGAUGAGAACACAGCAGCAGAUCAUCUAAGCAAAUGUAUCUACUCAGUUGGAAUGGGUAGCAAUGACUACCUUAAUAACUACUUCAUGCCAUUGUAUUACUCCUCUAGCCGUCAGUACACACCAGAACAAUUCGCCAAUGUUCUUAUCCAACAAUACUCCCAACAAUUAAGGAGUUUGUACAAUUAUGGAGCAAGGAAGGUAGCAGUAAUAGGAGUAGGUCAGAUAGGAUGUAGCCCAAAUGAACUUGCACAGAAUAGUCCCAAUGGGCAAACAUGUGUGGAGAAAAUCAAUAGCGCAAAUCGUAUGUUCAAUGAUAAGCUUAUUUCUCUAGUUGAUGACUUCAACAACAAUCUACAAGGCGCGAAAUUUAUCUACAUAAAUGCCUAUGGAAUCUUCGAUGACAUGUUGAAAAACCCUUCAGCUAAUGGGUUUAAGGUUACAAACAGAGGAUGUUGUGGAGUGGGGAGGAACAAUGGUCAAAUAACAUGUCUUCCACUUCAAACACCAUGCCCAAACAGAAAGGAGUAUAUUUUCUGGGAUGCUUUUCAUCCUACUGAAGCAGCUAAUGUGAUCAUUGCUAGGAGAUCAUACAGUGUUGCAUCUCCUUCUGAUGCUCAUCCAAUUGAUAUCCGCCGAUUAGCUCAACUCUAGAUCAGAUAAUUGAUGGAGAUUAUGGUUAUGGAGAAUGUAUUCUCUCUUUCA